GGGGGUGCGCUCGGUAUGCGGGGCGGGCCGCCGAGCUCAGAGGGGCGGUUCCCGGGAGCGCAUGAUGAGGAAUCCCUGAAAAGUUUGCAGAUUGAUCACAGUCUCGCAGCUUUUGCUCUUCGGCGCUUUCUGAAACUGAAACAGCCUCCGCAGAUCAAGCCAGCUGACCCGCAGACAAAGCCUCCUCCUCCGACUGUGAACAUGGCCUCCGCGGAGCUCGCUCUUCUAAGCGUGUCGGACAAAACUGGGCUGGUGGACUUCGCCAGGCGGCUGGUGAAUGCGGGGCUGUCUCUGGUGGCCUCUGGAGGCACAGCCAAAGCGCUGCGCGAUGCUGGACUGGCUGUCAGGGAUGUGUCCGAGCUGACGGGACACCCGGAGAUGCUGGGCGGCAGAGUGAAGACCCUGCACCCCGCUGUCCACGGAGGCAUCCUGGCCAGGAAAAGCGCCUCCGACUCUGCAGACAUGGAGAAACUGGGAUACAGCCUGGUCAGAGUGGUGGUUUGCAACCUCUACCCAUUUGUAAAGACCGUCUCAAACCCAGAUGUUACUGUGGAGGACGCCGUGGAGCAGAUUGAUAUCGGUGGUGUGACUCUGCUGAGAGCAGCAGCUAAGAACCAUGCUCGGGUCACCAUUGUGUGCGAUCCUGCAGACUAUUCACUGGUGGCCAAGGAGAUGGAGAACUCAGGAGACAAAGAUACAGUCCUGGAAACUCGCAGGUCUUUGGCCCUGAAAGCCUUCACGCAUACAGCGCAGUACGACGAGGCCAUAUCGGACUAUUUCCGUGGGCAGUACAGUCGUGGAGUGUCCCAGCUGCCCCUCCGUUAUGGCAUGAACCCCCACCAAGCGCCAGCCCAAAUCUACACACUGCGCUCCAAGCUCCCUCUCAAGGUGGUGAAUGGCUCUCCAGGCUUCAUCAACCUCUGUGACGCUCUGAACGCCUGGCAGCUGGUCAGAGAGCUGAAAGGCGCCCUCGGUAUGGCUGCUGCCGCUUCCUUCAAGCACGUCAGCCCUGCUGGAGCCGCAGUGGGAGUUCCUCUGAGUGAGGAGGAAGCCAAAGUGUGCAUGGUUCAUGACAUACUGAAGGACCUCACCCCUCUGGCCACCGCGUACGCAAGAGCAAGAGGCUCAGACAGAAUGUCUUCUUUUGGGGAUUUUAUUGCUCUGUCAGAUGUUUGCGAUGUUCCUACUGCCAAGAUUAUAUCAAGAGAGGUGUCGGAUGGCAUCAUAGCUCCUGGUUAUGAGGAGGAGGCGCUCAAAAUUCUUUCCAAAAAGAAGAACGGCAACUACUGCGUGCUUCAGAUGGAUCCAGACUACGAGCCGGACGACGCCGAGGUGAGAGUGCUGUUUGGUCUCUACCUCAAGCAAAAGAGGAACGGCGCUCUUAUCAACAAGGAGUUCUUCAAGAACGUGGUUUCCCAGGGUUCGCUCUCUGAGGAAGCUGUGCGGGACCUCACUGUGGCCACCAUCGCCGUCAAGUACACCCAGUCCAACUCAGUCUGCUACGCUAAAGAUGGACAGGUCAUUGGCAUCGGCGCCGGUCAGCAGUCUCGUAUCCACUGCACGCGGCUGGCGGGCGACAAGGCGGACAACUGGUGGCUCAGACACCACCCUCGUGUCCUGAACAUGACGUUUCGGAGUGGUGUGAAGCGAGCAGAGAUGGCCAACGCCGUCGACCAGUAUGUCAGCGACACCAUCGGCGAGGGCCCAGACUUGGCUGUCUGGAAGUCCAUGUACGACGAGGUACCGGCGCCUCUGUCAGUUACCGAAAAGAAGAACUGGAUCAGCUCCCUGCAGGCCGUCGCUGUCAGCUCUGACGCCUUCUUUCCCUUCAGAGACAACAUAGAUCGAGCCAAACGGAGCGGCGUGGCGUACAUCGCAGCUCCAGCGGGCUCUGCUGCUGAUGAGGUUGUGAUUAAGGCCUGCAAUGAGCUGGGCAUCACUCUGGUGCACACCAGUCUGCGACUUUUCCAUCACUGAGCAGCGCUGCGGCUUAACAUUUCUGAUUCUCAGACAUUCCUACUGUUACCAUGCAGAAGUGUAGAAAUCACUACUUCUUUUUGUUUACAUUAGCUGCAUUCUAAUGUGAGUGAGUUAUAAAGUAGCUGUGAAGGUUGAAUGUAGGUCAUUCGGACGCACAAGUCAAAUAAACUGCUGGAUAGUAAUGGUUAUUUUUCUUGAUUUGUUAUCUUGCUUAGUAAAAACUAAACAGAAAUCAAUCCAGAAAAUCAGAGUGUUUUUUAACUUGUCAUAGUUCCAUCACUGCAACAAAGCAUAGUUCAAGUGUUGUUGUUUUUUUACUAACAUAGUUAAAAAUACAUGAAUAAAUCGCUUUUUGGUGUUAAAAUGCUCUACACCUCUGAAUAAAUUCAUCUCAGCUGCAA